AUGAUUGUUUAUUGCAGGUUUCUACAGAUGGGACUGGCGGUACUCGUACUGCUUUCCUUGGCCUCUGUGCCUUGGCUACUAAUUAACGGCUUACUAUGGCUCAUUGCUCUGGCGGCGCUCAGUGGCAGUAUACUUGCGCAAUUGACCUAUCACAUUCCUUCAUUGCGAGUAGUGCAAACAGAAUAUCUAUACAGAUAUGAUUUUUUGAUGACCAUUUGCGCCUCUGUGUGUGUCCCUAUUUCUACAUAUUGCACUGUGUAUGAGACGGAGGAUGACAGUUCGUCCACAUUGUACAUCGCCUUAGCGCUUCUUUGCAUACUCCUGGCGACAUCUUUUCUGCUCAGUCUAAUCAUUCAGUAUGACUUUGACUCUUUUGACAGAAGUUCAACAAAUAAAUCUUCAAAAUUGACGGUAAGAUCAAAUGAACGUCGUCCUCUGCUCCAAACUUACGUCAGUGGUUGCGGUUACUAUCAGGCAUUUUGA